AUGGCUUCUCAGUACACCGACGAGCAUCCGGCCAGCGUUCCUGAGUUCCAGCAGAAAGUCAUCCACGAGCCGGGCACCUCCGCUAUCUCCAAGAACAUCCCGCUGUCCGAGGUGAACCGUCAUUGCACGCCUGAGAACUGCUGGGUGGCGCUGAACGGCAAGGAGUUCAUGGAUCGACAUCCCGGCGGUCCCACGACCAUCCUCGCCUGGGCGGGAAAGGACGCCUCGAAGUUCUUCAAUGAGAUCCACAAGGGCGUGAAGAUCGACGCCUACCUGCGGCCCGAGGCCUCCUUGGGUGACCUGGGGGUGGAUGAGAACCUGAUGUCCGAGCACUUCUGGCACACGCUCCGCGAGGCCCGCAUCCUGGAGAUCCGGCAGGAGGUGGAUCGCUUGCUGAACCGGUGCACGAAAACCCACAAGGCUGACAGCAUCCCAAGGCUCCUCCAGGACAAGGCGGUGGACCCGGAGUUGAAGAAGAAGCUCCAGCGCCUGAAGACUCAAGAGCGGGCGGCCCUGGAUGCCGAAGAUUUCGCGAAGGCGGCGGAGGUCAAAAGGGCCAUGGAGGAGCUCCUGUCGCACGAGGACCAUGCGCACAAGCACGACGUACCCACGGGCUGGGCGAGCAGCGACAUCCCAUCGUCGGAGGUGGCCCGGCACAACAAGCCUCACGACUGCUGGAUCGCCAUCUGUGGAGAGGUCUACGACCUGACGGACUUCCUGCAGCACCACCCGGAGCAGCGCAACUCCAUUCUGGCGUGGGCUGGUCGUGAUGCGACUCCCAUGUUCGACAAGAUCCCCGGCCGGUUCCCCAGCAAGCAGUGGAUGGAGUACUACAUGCGCCCGGAGUUCAAGACGGGCAAGGUCGGCCCGGAGAAGCCAGUGGACUCGAUUAUCAUGGAGCUGAGGGAGCUGCACGACGAGCUGCGGCGCUUGGAGGGCCCCUCCAAGGAGGAAAUCGAGGCGGUGAAGACGGCCGUGAAGGUGCCGGGGAAGACAGAUGCACCGACACUUUCGGAGGAGAGCCGCUUCCCGAAGUUGGCGGAGAUCUCGGCUGGCAAGGAGCUCCCCUUCUUCUCCCGCGCAGAGGUGGCCAAGCACAACACUGCCGAGGAGCCGUAUAUGAUCAUCCACAACCGUGUCUACAACCUGAAGCCCCUGCUGGGCAGCCACCCCGGCGGCGACGACAUCCUGAUGUCCAAGGCGGGCACGGAUUGCACCAAGGAUUUCGAGGUCUUCGAGCAUUCUGAGAAGGCUCGGGUGCAGCGAGACCGCGACAUGCUGGUAGGUCAGCUGGUGCCAGCAGAGAACACGGACUGGUCGGAGACAGCUGCAGUACAGCAGGUGGUCGGCGAAGAGACUUCGGAGAUUGGCCGUUAUCUGAAGUACAAGGUCACAGACGUGGCAGUCGCUGCGCUGGCCUGGUACCUCUUCAAGACUGUCCAGAACCGCAAGCCCUUGUCGCAGUUCACCUACAGCCGUGCCUUGCGACAUCUGCACCUCCUCAUGGCCGUGGGCAUCUUCGGCGCUGUGGGCACUGCACAAGCCGCCUCCCUCUCGGAAGGCCAGGCCAAGAAGCAGAUGCUCUGGUGGCACAAGCAGACGGGCAUCCUGAUGCUGGUGGCGCUUGUCUUCCGCGUGAUCUUCCGAAUGCAGAGCGGCAUCCCACCGCGCUUCCCAGGACACCCGAUCAUGCAGAUGAUCGAGACACAGAGCCUCCGGGCCUUCUACGCCUUCGCCCUGCUCCUGCCCGUGUCCGGCAUCGCCAACGAGUACUUCCUCAAGUGGGCUCCAGGCUCCGACAAGACCGGCAAGGCCGAGGACGAUCGCAGGAACGACCGCCUGGCCAAGCAAUCCAUCGACGCCCACAAGGUGCUGGGCAAGAUGUUGCAGUAUGCCUGGUUGCCCUUCCACCUGGGCUACACCACCCUCUACCACUAUAGCCAGGGCCGGGGCGUUGUCCGCAAGGCUCGACUGAGCACGCGAAAGCCGGUGCUCAGAGCAGCAGCAAAGGCGCAGUCGGCCUCCCCAGCGCGGCGUUUCGACUUGGGAGGUGGCUUCGGAUCGGCCCCGUCCGAAGAAGUGGCGGACUUCACGCAAAGGCCAACACGCGCCGUGGAGCUGCAAGCCGCAAGGCGCAGGAGUUUCGGGGAGCCAGCGCCCCCACAGUGGGAAGAGGCCAGACAAGAGGUGAAGCGCUACUUCAAGAGCCGCAAUGGCGAAGAUGGGGAAAGCUCCAGCGAUGAAGAGGCGAUGCGUUUGCGUACCACUGAUGAGGGCUUUGUUGCAUUAUGCAUGAUAAGGAUUAAAACACAGUGUCCAUAG